GGGUUCAAUGGGUAGACUGGGCACUACUACGGAACAAAGAACUAAAAUGGCUGUCGCUAGUAACUCAGUGGAGAUAGAUCCUGUGUUUAUCAAGGCUUUGAAGCUUCUCCACUCAAAGCACCCUGAUUCUCUGGACCAGCUUCGUGCCCUUAGAGAUGAAGUCGUCAGACAGCACAACCAGCAAGCUCCCACGUCUUCCAAGGAGAAACCUAAAGAAGGUAAAUUGGGACUUCACACUGAGAGGAGACCAAGUGCAAUAGUAUCAACAGCAGAAGUAAAGGCCAAAUUGACUGAGAAAAAAUUUGAAGCUGAACCAAAGCAUAAUAUUCCAACUGCAAAACCAGAGCCAGUUAAGAGUUUUCCUAUUGAAGAGGCAAGUGUUGAAACAUUGGAGGUUGGCUCAAGUAUGAUUGAAACUGUGGAGCUAAGCUCAAGCUCCUUCAUGGAUCAGAGUUCAUCAAAGAAAGCUAAGCUUCAAUUUGAUGUUGAGGAUGUUUUAGAUGAAGGAGAUUUAGAACCCCCAACAGCUCUGCAACCUGUGGUUGAUGACUUAAUGAUUGACUGGGGAUCUGUUUGCAGUAUUUGUUGCAGAGAUGAGAGCAAAAUUCCUGGGAAUCAGUUGGUAGAAUGUCAUGAAUGUCAUUCACUUUAUCAUCAGAGAUGUCAUGAACCACGUGUUGUGGACAGUGAAGUCAAUGAUCCACGACAUGUGUGGUACUGUGUACAGUGUGUCAGGAGAAUGAGAGAGAUGGCCAGCAGUGCAUCUCCAAAGUCACGCCCAACAGAGUCUGCAACAUUCAGUAAACCACUGUCUUCCUCUCACAGACCUGUGCCUUUAGCACCCUUCAAAAGACCCUCCAUUAAUGAAACUAAGCCCAUUUCCUCCCCCACCAUGCAUCAGUCGUUUGCCAUCCCAGCACUGAGUACAGCUUCAUCAUCAUCAGCUGGGGCUGGCAAGCCAUCUGUGGGCAGUGGGGCAACUUCUUCACAGAAUGUGGCAGCCAUGCAGCACUCUGCAUUAAAAAGACUACAGAUGGUUAAGAAAAAAGCACAACAGCGUGUGUUGAAUCACCAGCAGAUUCGCAUUCCCAGGAGAUAAUAAACCUAUAGGUGCAUUCAAUGUGAAGGAAAGCUUUGAAAAAGAUCAGAAAUUCUUGACUCUUAAU